AUGGUGGUGCUGACGUCGCGGGGAACGGGCGAUGCAUCUGAACUGGUGGGUUUGCCGGAGCACUGCGAGGAGGUGCUGAAACCACCACCAGGCCAGCCCGCCCUCUGCCUUGCCUUCAACCCUUCCGGGACACUGCUAGCCACCGGAUGUGCGGGGGGUGACAUCCUGAUCUGGAACUACCAGACCAGGGCGCUGGUGCGGACCUGGAAGGACGGGCACAAUGGCGCCGUGCGGUGCCUGGUGUGGAGCCCGGAUGGCCAUAGUAUCAUGUCUGGGGGCGCAGACGGCAGCAUCGUCACCUGGGACGUCCUCUCCGGCCGCCCCACCGCGAGCCAGCCCCUCGGCCGCGGCGCCGUGGUCUCCCUGUGCCCCGGUCCCGGUCCCGGCCAGCUGCUGCUCACCUUCCGCGCCGCCCCGCCCGCCGUGCUGACUGUGGGCGGCGGGGGCAUCCAGCACCUGCCCCUGGCCGGCUGGAGCGCGUGCGACCCACCUGAGGCGCCCGAGCCGGCCCCUGCAGAGGCCACGAGCGCCGGGGCCGAAGCUGGCAAGGAUGGCAGGGGCGGCGCGAGCCUGGCCGAGCAGGCCACGAGCAGCGGGUACCCGGCCGCCACCGCCCCCGGCAGCGCCCUCAUCUACGCUGCCAUGCGAGGGGCCCUGCUGGUCGUCCGGGCCUCGGACCUGGCCAUCAUCGACGCCAUCAGGGUCCAGGCAGCGCUGCGCGUGAGCAGCCUUGAGCUCGACCCCGGCGGGACGCGGCUCAUCGUCCUCGCCAACGAUCGGGCGGUGCGGGUGUACGCCAUGCAGGCACCGGCCCAGGGGCUGGAGGCCCUGCCGGCACGCGAUCCUGGCGAGGUGGAGGCCCUGGUGGCCGCCAAGACGCGGCGGCCGUCCGGCAGCAUCUUCUACGAGGAGCGGGGAGCUCUUCUGCGGCCCUCCCGUCGCUUUGAGCAGCAGAUCGAGCGCAACACGUGGAGUGCCGCCACUUUCUCUGGAGAUGGGGAGUAUGUGCUGGCGGCCGUGGCCGGCCAGACCGAGCAUGUCAUCUACGCCUGGAACUCCCACUACGGGCACACCGAUCGGGUGUUGGAGUGCAUACGCGGGGCGCAUGGUGUUUUGGCAAUGGCGUGGCAUCCUCAGCUCUACCCCAUGCAGCUGCUCACACUCGGAGGCAGCGGCAGCAUCUUCAUCUGGACCAAGAUCUUGAGUGACAAGUGGACAGCCUUUGCCCCAGACUUCCGGGAACUCGAGGAGAACGAGGAGUACAUAGAGCGUGAGGACGAGUUUGACGUGGUGCAGCGUGCAGCUACUCCCGAUCAAUCCCUGCCUGCAAAUGUGGAUGCUGACUUGGACAUCGUCACCCGGGGGCCCAGCAACACACCCACCCCUGCAUCCUCGGACCUGCUAUUCCUCCCCGUGGUCAUCCAAGCAGAGUCAGACCAGGGCCAGGAAGAUCCUGAUGCUGACGCAGCAGGCACUGUGCCAAACGGCGGUGCCACUCCAAUGGACGAGGACGACUCCGACGGCGGCCCAGACCUGACUGUGCAGAAACGAGCACGCCCAGGAGUGAUUUGA